UCCUUAUUGCCAUAAACACGCCAAUAUUUCUAACAUCCAGUUCUCGUUGUUUUCUUUUAGCUGAUUGUGUAUGGAUGUACUAUUUAGAAACUGAUAGAGGAGGUGCCUGAAGAACCCACAAUGCCUUAUUUUGGCUCAGAGGAGACGGUGAGAGAGCUCAAGCGAGCUCUGGCCAAUCCCCACGUCCAAGCAGAUCGUCUCCGGUACAAAAACUACAUCACCAAAGUCAUCAGGUACAUGACACAGGGUCUAGAUGUCUCUGCUUUAUUUAUGGACAUGGUAAAAGCCAGUGCCACGGUUGAUAUUGUUCAGAAGAAGCUGGUAUAUCUGUACAUGUGCACCUAUGCCAGUGACAAGCCUGACCUGGCGCUACUGGCAAUCAACACCCUCCGUAAGGAUUGCGCUGAUCCCAAUCCGAUGGUGCGAGGGUUGGCCCUAAGGAACAUGUGCAACUUCAGAAUGCCGGGAAUGCAGGAGUACAUAGAGCAGCCCAUUAUUGCAGGUCUGCGAGACAAGGCCAGUUACGUAAGGAGAGUCGCUGUGCUUGGAUGUGCCAAACUGCACAGUCUACAGCCCAACACAGACAUAGAUGGCAGUAUAGUGAACGAGCUGUAUGCACUUCUGAGGGACCCGGACCCUGUGGUUGUGGUGAACUGUCUUCGUGCAUUGGAGGAAAUUCUCAAAGAUGAGGGUGGAGUGGUUAUUAACAAACCCAUUGCUCAUCACCUUAUCAACAGAAUGAAGGACCUGGACAGUUGGGCUCAGAGUGAGGUCCUCACCUUCCUGCUACGCUACCGCCCUCGUAGCGAUGAGGAGUUGUUCGACAUCCUCAGCCUAUUAGACACCUUCCUCCAAAGCGCCCACGCUCAUGUUUCAGUUUCCACGCUCCGCCUCUUCCUUCAUUUGGCCGCCGCCCACCCGGCUGUGCAGGCCGACGCCCUCCUGCACACAAGCGCCCCCCUGCUGGCCACGUGCGGUUCUGCAUCACGCGAACUUCGUUUCGCUGGGCUCUGUCACGUUCAGCAGGUCAUGCGGAGUCAGCCGGGCCUUUUCGGCACACAUUACAAACGCUUCUUUUGUGGUUACUCUGAACCGAGUUACAUUAAGUUUCGCAAGAUGGAGAUCCUGGUGGAGUUGGUGAACGAUGAGAACGUGGCUUUGGUUUUGGAGGAGCUGAGAAGUUACUGCACUGAUGUGUCUCCUGAGCUCGCCCAGGCAGCCAUUACCGCUAUAGGUCGUAUUGCACGUACAUACAGUGAGAAGUGUCUGGAUAUACUGACCGGAUUGCUCGCAUUGAAACAAGAUCACAUCACUUCAGCCGUGAUCCAGACGUUCAGGGAUUUGGUGUGGUUCUGUCCUCAGAGUACGGCUGCUGUUUGUCAGACCGUUGAGGCCUGUGUUGACAAUCCUCAAGAUAGUGAGGGAAAACAGGCUCUGCUAUGGCUUCUGGGAGAGCAUGGUGAGCAGGUCAGUAGCGCCCCCUAUGUUAUGGAGGGAUACAUAGAUGGGCUGAAGACAGAGCUGUCCUUGGCGGUGAAGAUGGAGCUGCUCAGCGCCUCCGUGAAGAUGUUCCUGUGCCGUCCUGCUGAGACGCAAGACAUGCUGGGCCGUCUUUUACAUUACUGUAUUGAGGAAGAGAGCAACAUGUGUGUGCGUGACCGGGCUUUGCUGUACUACAGACUUCUUCAGCGUGGAGUUGAAGAGACUAGGAAAGCUGUAACUGGACCCAAAUCUGAUCCGUCCAUGAGCGUUCUCACCGGUCGGCAAGAGGAGCCCAUUAGUCUGUGGGCCUCGACCUUCAACACACUGGGUCCGCUGUCUGGACGGGAUUUAUGCCUUCAAACUGUCAUCACAUCAGCCUCUGAGAAGCCGUCCAGCAGAGCAGAAGAGGAGCUGUUGCCAGGGAGUAAAGAGGAAACCCUCGAAGAGGAGAUCAGUCUAUCUCUGGGUCCUCCUCUCUCCCAUGAAACCUUUGAGAAAAUGUGGUUGGACUUGGAGAUUCUCCACAGGCAAACUCUGGGUUUCCCUCGACCCAAAACCGCUGCGGAUACUUUACAGGCGGCCUUACAGCUGGUGAAGAUCCAGACUCUGGCCUUCACGCCGGGCGACACUGUGCCCUGGAAGGCCUACCUUUACACCAGGGGCAGUGGGACCCUGAUCCUCGCUGAACUGUUGCAGGAAGUCCCAGAGGUGCCUGGCAGCGAAGGAAGCUUAGUGGUAUCUGUCAAACAGCAGCCCGGAAACCAACACACCAUUAGAGGUUUUGUAGCGAUACUCAAGAGUGUGUUACAGACUCUUCAUUUUGAUCGAUUAUGAAAACCAUUGAAGUAUUUCCAAUGGACAAUGAAUCAUCUUAUGGUCUCUCUAAACAAAAAAAACUUGCAAUAAAAUAGUAGUAUGCUGUUGGAAUCUACAGACAAUAUCAUUUUAGCACUACAUAACAUUGGCUUACACACAUGCACAUCCAGCGCACAUGUGGUAAACUAAAACACACGUGUCUCUUUGGAGGUAUGAGGAACUUCAUUGAUCAAUAUAUGUAAUAUUUUGUGUGUUAUUCACAGACUAAUCAAACAUUAUAAAUUUGUGUUAUUCAAUUUAUUCAAUUGAAUAAAUUGUGUUAUUCAAUAUCCCGCCUGGUCCGAGCCAACAGAAGCUCUACUGUGGCCCAUAAUUGUAAUAAUGGUUUUGGGAGCAAUGAGAGAGCCAUUAGAGAGAAACAUAAUUUCAUAAUACAUACAUAAUACAAUAAAUAAUUUCCCAUGAUAUGAUAUUAUUCCGAUGCUCCAAGAAACACGAUAAAAGGUUAACAAAAAAUGUACUUUUGAUUAAAAUGCUAAAUUUGGUUUUACAUUGUGGGUGUAAAUGAAUAGGCUUGGACUUUGUGCUGGUUACCCAAUGCACAGGACAAUAGUGACAGAAUAAAAAUAUGAUUCUGAAGCUGAAAAUACAGAAUUAUUAUGCUCUCACUGACUAGAUAGAUUUAAAAUAAUGUUGGCCACUUUUUACUGGUAACACUAAACAUUGACAUUUUCAGGAUUAUCAGCCACAAAUAUUCCCCCAUUACAUUAUUAUACAUUAUUGUAUUAUUCAACAUUAUAUAUAGCAGUUUAAUUUAGUCAUGACACUAAAACUCUUAAAAGUAAAAUUCUUAUUUUUUAUAUUGGGUGAACUGUACCAAAUAUAUAUUGUCACUAUCCAUAUAGCCUAUAUAUUGUUGCAUUUUUGUAUUGCGAUAUAUUGUGAUGCGAUAUACUGUUCCACCCCUAAUGUAUAAUCUACAAUUUCCUAAAUUUGCUUGGUCUUAUUUGAAGUUUUACUAAGAGUAACAGUAGAAGGGCAGUUUUUAAGCAUACGUUACAAUCUGAAGCACAGAAUAUAUAUAUAAAAAAAGAACUAUGAUCAAAAUUGGAGAAUACUUCCAGAUUCCUCCCUAUAACAGUCGGCUUCCGGAAGCACUAACUCCAUUCUCCAUAGGGAUUUGGGGUUUUCUCCACAGGGAUAUUGAUUUUAAACAAUAAAAACCCACUGGCGUACUGCGAAUGAUGUAAUCGAAACGGUCUCCCUAUGCUUUCAAAAUACUUACAUUUUUUUAUUCAAUGAUCACCACCGAGACCAUUUCAAAUAUAGUUAUUAAUAACUUGGUUAUUGUUUUUGAUUAUCCACUGGUUUCAGCAAUCCUUCAUAUCUCUUUAACUAUCUCUUUGAAUCUGGUUUCAAUAGGUACCAGUCCAGUCCAGUCUUAUUUCCAGCCUUUAGUUCAAUGGCAGAAGACACAACUGGGGCUGGAUUUGGCGGUGAGGGUUAUGUAAAAACAUGAAUAGAUUAUUAACUAUGCAGAAUUUGAGAUGGAAAUGUUUUAUUUUUAUCUAAGGAUCCAAGAUUGUGUGAAGAUUUCCAAGUCUUCUUUAAAAUAGCAUAUGAGCAACAACAGAAUGUUUGAAAAAUUGAAAUGAAUGAUGAAUUGCAUAUAAAAAAUUCAAACAGACUCGGUCAACUGCAACUGUAGGUCUAUACGGUUAUUAUUUUAAAGUGUUUAAUCUAUUUGAUUUUGAAACACAUGUUAAACACAUGGCGACUGCAUUGGACAAUUGAAAAUGUAUAUCCUUAAUGUUUAGGCAAGGGGAAUGCCACAGUGUGUCUGCGGUCAGUAGCUUCUGUCGUAAAAGUUGUUAUCGUUCGGAUUGGGUGGUAUUCCACUCCUAAAAAUGUUCCCCAUUCAGUUCAUAAACUGCUAUGGCAGACAAAAAGGUAUGACUCUCCAGGCAGAGAGGGGUGUGUGAAGGUGUAAAGGGGGUGUGUGAAAUAUGAUCUAUUAAAUGAUGUCAAUCAAAA